AUGGGCUCUAUCGAACAACCUUACACCCUGUCCAACCCUUUCCGGGCCAGAACCCUCAAUGGCCAAAUCACACCUCUUAUGUCUAUCAAAUUCGUUACCGGAAAUGAAAUCCCGAUGAUGGCCAAGAUGGCUGGUGUUCAUGCCUUGUUCAUCGACAUGGAGCAUUCUGCAUUGGACAUGCGUACUGUCUCCCAGUUGAUCCUUGCCUGUAACUACGCCGGCGUCUCCCCGGUCGUCCGAUCGCCCUCCAAGUCCCACUGGCACAUCAGUCGCAUCCUUGACGCAGGAGCCUCUGCCGUUGUCAUUCCCCAUGUCGAGAGUGUCCAGGAAGUCAAGGACAUUGUUCGUUAUGCCAAGUUUGCACCGCUGGGAAUUCGUGGUUGUACGAACAAUCAGGCCAUCAUGAACUUCCAACACGUCCCUACACUAGUUCAAAACGAGCUAUUAAACUCGCAAACUAUGGUCAUUCCCAUGAUCGAAACGCCUGCUGCCGUUGAAAUUGCCGACGAGAUCCUUGCAGUUGAAGGUGUCGAUGGCGUCCUGAUCGGCUCGAAUGAUCUCUGCACGGACCUGGGGAUUCCAGGCAAAUACGACAGUGCCGUCUACCAGGACGCUGUGAUUAAGGUCAUUGAAGCAGCCAACAGGGCGGGCAAGCCUGUGGGUGUUGGUGGCAUUGGUGGAAGACUGGAUAUCCUGGAUAAAUGGUUCCGGAUGGGUGCAACAUGGUCUCUCAGUGGCCAGGAUGCGUCGAUGCUGCAGGCAGGCAUGAAGAAGAUGAGCCAGAACUACGAGGAGAUUAGCUCAAGGCUGCAGGGAAAGCUUUAA